GAUCCCGGAGGGCGCGGGGUUCCGAGUGGCCUCUGGCGCGCGGCGGGCCGGCCCGAGGCCGGGCAGCGGGGCCUCAGCAAUGCCUGGGAUGGUGCUUUUCGGUCGGCGCUGGGCCAUCGCCAGCGACGACCUGGUCUUCCCGGGGUUCUUCGAGCUGUCCCUGCGAGUGGUGUGGUGGAUUGGCAUUUUGACUUUGUACCUCAUGCACAGAGGGAAGCUGGACUGUGCAGGCGGCACCCUGCUCAGCAGUUACUUGAUCGUUCUUCUUGUUCUCCUAGCAGUUAUUAUAUGUACGGUGUCCGCCAUUGUGUGUGUCAGCAUGAAAGGAACCAUCUGUAAUCCCGGACCACGGAAAUCUAUGUCCAAACUGCUUUACUUCCGCCUUGCGCUCUUUCUUCCGGAAAUGGUCUGGGCUUCUCUGGGGGCUGCCUGGAUAGCAGAUGACGUGCAGUGUGACAGGACAGUGGUGAGUGGCAUCAUUGCCACCGUCAUCAUCAGCUGGAUUAUCAUCGUCUCCACCGUGGUCACCAUCAUCAUCGUCUUUGACCCACUCGGGGGGAAAAUGGCUCCAUAUCCCUCCUCUGGCCCCAACCACCUGGAUAGUCAUGAUUCGAGCCAGCUACUUAACAGCCUCAAGACAGCAGCUACCAGCGUGUGGGAAACCAGAAUCAAGUUCCUGUGCUGUUGCGUCGGGAAAGACGACCAUACUCGAGUUGCUUUUUCGAGUACGGCAGAGCUUUUCUCAACCUACUUUUCAGACACAGACCUGGUGCCCAGCGACAUAGCAGCGGGCCUCACCCUUCUCCAUCAGCAACAGGACAGUAUCAGGAAUAGCCAGGAGCCGGACGGGGUGAUCGGCCAUUCCCCGGGGCACCCCCAGGAAGCUGAUCUGGACGCCGAGUUAGCCAACUGUCACCAUUACAUGCAGUUUGCAGCAGCAGCCUAUGGGUGGCCUCUCUACAUCUAUCAGAACCCCUUCACCGGGCUCUGCAAGAUUGGCGGGGACUGUUGUCGAAGCAGGACGACAGAAUACGACUUGGUCGGAGGAGACCAGCUCCACUGUCACUUUGGCUCCAUCCUGCACACGACGGGCCUGCAGUACAGGGACUUCAUUCACAUAAGCUUUCAUGACAAGGUCUACGAGCUUCCGUUUUUAGUGGCUCUGGACCACAGGAAAGAAUCUGUCGUGGUAGCCGUGAGAGGAACCAUGUCUCUGCAGGACAUCCUCACGGACCUGUCAGCGGAGAAUGAGACCCUCAACUUAGAGUGUGGGGUGCAAGACUGUUCGGCACACAAGGGGAUUUCUCAAGCCGCCAGAUACGUUUACCAGCGCCUCGUCAACGAUGGGAUUUUGAGCCAAGCAUUCAGCAUUGCUCCCGAGUACCGGCUGGUGGUGGUGGGGCACAGCCUGGGGGCGGGUGCCGCGGCCCUGCUGGCCAUCAUGCUCCGGAGCUCGUACCCGCAGAUCCGCUGCUACGCCUUCUCCCCGCCCAGGGGCCUGCUGAGCAAAUCCCUUUAUGAAUACUCUAAGAACUUCAUCGUGUCACUUGUCCUAGGCAAGGAUGUCAUUCCCAGGUUAAGUGUGACUAACCUGGAAGAUUUGAAGAAGAGAAUCUUGCGAGUGAUUGCUCACUGUAACAAGCCCAAGUACCAGAUUUUGCUGUACGGGUGUUGGUAUGAGCUGUUUGGAGGAAGCCCGGAUAACUUUCCGACGGAGCUGGACGGGGGCGCCCAGGGAGACCUGACGCAGCCGCUUCUGGGGGAGCAGAGCCUGCUGACGCACGGGUCCCCGACCUACAGCUUCUCCAGUGACUCCCCCUUGGAGUCCCCCACCAAGUACCCGCCUCUCUACCCUCCCGGCAGGAUCAUCCACCUGGAGGAAGAAGGUGCUUCAGGGAGGUUUUGGCGUUCUGCUGCCCAGUACAGUGCCAGGUGGUCACACGAAUCACAAUUCAGCAAAAUACUCAUCGGUCCCAAGAUGUUGACAGACCACAUGCCCCAUGUCCUGAUGAAAGCCUUGGACAGCGUGGUGUCGGACAGGGCCGGCUCCGUCUUCUGCCCAGCCCGAGGCAGCUUGAAUGUGGACGUGGUGUAACUGGGGCUCAUGCAAACUGCUCCAGGACGACAGACUGACACUUCUUAAAACUGACAGGAUCAGUGACUCCCGUGAUGCCAGUACCUUGGAUGUCCAUCGGCAGGAAUGGGAUGGUCUUCUAAAGUCACUGAAUAAUUUGGGAAGUCCUUUUGAUCGCAGUAUUAACACGAUCAGUUAUCAGGACAGAGCACGGAGGAUGGGGCUCCUGCCAGAAGCUCCGGGAAGCUCCAGGAAACUCCAGGGCCAUUCCUUGGUGAUCUGAGAACUGCCCCCAGGAAAGGGUGGGAAGCCAAGGCCAGGUUUAAGACCCUGAUGGAUCAGCUUCCCACCCCGACAGUUUUCACUGACUGACAGGGUCUUACCAUUGUUGAGAGGAGUCUGACCUGCGCGUACAGCUGUGCAAUUUAUUUUGCAAACUGGAUUUUCCUGGCUGCACAGAUGGGCUUUCUCCUGGGUGGCCCUGAGGUCGGGCUGGGAACUGGGACCCCUGCCCCUGAACACUGUCUCCACAUCAAGCUCACUGCUUCAUUUGCACAUAGUGUUCUGGCUCUUGGAGGCCAGCCAGUGGGUUCAGAGGGAGUUAAUAAAGCACUCACACGUGUCCUUCGUGUCUGGACAGUGAUGUACUCGUCCACUGGACCUUUCCAGGAAGGUCUAUUUUACUGGGUAGUUUGUAUAGCAAUCCUGUUUUAAAAGAAGUUUUUUAUCUACUGUAAGCAAAAAUGCAGCCUUAAGCUUUCUUGGAGCUCUGGGCUCCAAGAGGUUGGAGAUCUCCAAAGGUUGGAGAUCACACGGGCAUCUGAUUUAACCCCACUGAAGUGCCAGAAAAUGACAGUAAGUGGAUCUCUUUAAAAGCAUAAACCCACAAGGAUGGGGAAAGAAGAAAAGCAACAGUUGGUUGACUAGAGGUAAAUAGAAUCCUAAGUGGAGGAGGAAAGACCAGAACUACCCUGGUUUACAACUCCGACCCCUCCCCCCCCCAGCAGAGCAGGGGAUGAGUGAAAGUGAGAUGGCUUACUUGAAAGCUGGAGGAAGUCUGGCCCUUGGUUUGCUCUGUGGGGGAGGGGGCCCUGGACAGCAGCGCGGCGGGAGGCAAGGGGAUGGUGCUCCUCAGCUUCUCACACUGAGGGAAGAUGCCAGACAUCUAAGACUCUCCAGGGCAACCUGACCUCUAGAGACCCCUCCCUCGGGGCCUCUCGGCCAUCACACCAAUACCACCUUAGCCUCUUGAGUACCUGCAAAAGCCCAUUUAAAAAACUCUGAAAUGUCAUGGCGUCCAAUUGCCACAAGUUUUGUUUCUAAACACAAUUCCUGUACAUUCCUAGUGGCAGAAAGCUAAGAGCUCUCGGACACCCCUUGACACCACCAUGGUGCCCAGUUUCCAUUCUCGCCCCCACCCAAUUUUAAGACUAAGGUAUUUUAGAGAGCAAGCAUGAGGAGGAGGGGGUGGGAGGAGAAAGAAUCCCAAGCAGACCAUGCUGAGCAGGGAACCCGACGCAAGGGCUCGACCCCGGGACCCUGAGAUCAUGACCUGAGCCAAAACCAAGAGUCAAGACACUUAACCACCUGCACCCCCUAGGCGCCCCCGCAAUCUGCUUUUAUGGGCUCUCAACCUUAAGCAUGGGCCAAUGACUGCUGGGCACACGCAGUACAAGGGACUGGGAGAAACUACCUGGCCACAGCUUGGGAACAGAGAAAGUGUUGUAACCACAAAACAGAGCCUGAGCCUGAAAAGUGGAGAAUAAAGAAUGCCUGAAAAUUAAAAGCAUGACAGGUGGACCUCCAGAGCAGCUGGGCGGUAGAUAGCUGCAUGGUGGCAGACGGAGCCCACCCAAGCACAAAGGAGAAAAGCAGCCCAGGAUGUGCAAAACGGGGGAAAAAAAGCCCACAGAACUUGUCAGCAAAAGUUCACCCCACGUAACAGCAACGGCCAAGGAAGAUCCAUGGGAGUUGCCUUCCAAACUGAGGGGAACGCAUUUCCACCCCGGAAUUUCCAACCAGCCAGAAAGGACCAGGGGAGAACAAAGUUCUUUUCAAAGACACAAGGGCUGAGAAACAGAUUCCCACACACUUCUCAGGAAACUCUUGGAGUUGUUGUUCAAGAUGAAGCAAAUUAAAAAGGAGUCGGGCACCCGGCUGGCUCAGUCAGUAGAGUAUUUGACUCCUGAUCUCAGGGUCGUGAGUUCGAGCCCCAGGUUAGGCGUGGGGAUUAUACUAAAGAUCAGCACAUCGGAAAAUGGUGGCCAGAGGAUUCUGAGACUUUAGGAAAAUAAAAAUCGGUGAAAUACAUAAUACAAUCAUCUUGAGAGAUUUAGACUGCAGAUGGAAGUUCACUUAAAUCAUUAAGCACACAGAAAAUGAAGCAGAUAAAGUACAAAUUAUCCCUAAAGAAACCAGAAGUUUGUGCAGCCAAAUUGUUAUUCCAUGGCUCGGCUAGGAAUAUUCACACAGUAACAUACUCAAUAGUGACUACCAACCCAAAUCAUUCUCUUGUGUCGGGGGAGGGGGGCGGGGUGUGGGUACUGCCAUGCAGAUUAUCUGUGGUAACAGCCAAAACUGAAAAUGCAACCAGCAAUAAAGUGACUUAGCCUGACACCCAGGGAGGGGAGAGGGGCUGGAGAUUGAAUCAAACAAACCGCCUGUCAUUUAAUAGGCACAGCUAUGUAACAAAGCCUGCAGGGAAAAAAAAGGGGGGAGUGCGCGGUGGGGAGUGCAGCUUGCAGGUGGGUGAACAUGUGGAGAUUUGGGGAGGGGGCUCCUGGAGAGGGUGUGGAGGCUCUGUGUCCCUCCCCCAUACCUGACCCUAGGCAUCUCUUCCAUCGGGCUGUUCGAAUUCUAUCCUUUAAUAACAAACUGGUGAUCUAGUAGGUAAAAAAAAAAAAAAAAAAAAAAGAUGUCACUUAGGCAUAUGGAGAUAAAUAACAAAGAUUAGUUAAAAGAAUUCAAAUUGGUUGCCUUUGGGGAGGGUGUGAAGGGAGAAGGCUGAUGUUUUUGUAGCAAACCUUUGGAACUACGUGGUCUUUAAACUGCGUAUUUAUCUUUAAAAAAAAUGCUCAAAACUAAAGCAAUCUUCAGAGCAAUAAAAAGGAUAAUUUAGAGAAUUGAUUCUAACAUGACAAGUUCAUAGUACAGUUUCAGGCUCUGGCAAGGAUCUUAAGGUCCUACUCAGCCUCCUCCCUACCUCCCAAAAAUCUGCCUCUUCAGCCCAGAGCUUGGGCCCAAGAUGUGCAUGCACACGUACCCUUGUGCGGAUGUCACCAUCUCCCCAGCAUUUGACAGGUGCAAAACCCAACCUGCCCCCCAGCACCAGUGCUUGCGGACUCCUCCAGCUUCCCCCCGGGGGGCCCUCCCUGUCCCCCCAGCAUGAAAAACAUGCACUAGAAAUUGUUUCCAACAACCCAAGAUUUUCAGGUGAGACAACCAAACACAUACCCCAGGAGGUUGUUCUCAAGAAUUCAAGUAUUACAGUCAUAUGAUUCAAGGAUUUAUUAAGUCGUACAUGCAAAACAUACUGCUAAUUGCAUUAGCAAAAGAUCAAUGUAAAAACACUCCACGAUCCUGCAACUGUCAAUUUAAAAAAUGUUCUAGUGGUUGAGAGGUCCAACCUUAUAUUCUUGCCAGUGGGUAAGUUGUACAGAACUUCGUUAGCACAAGCACGGGCUUACAGAACCUCACAGACCCAAGGGAACAUGGUCAGGCAGAGCAAGAGGAAGCGUGUGUCCAGGGAGGUGAGGCAGAGAGGAGGGCCAGCAUUAGUCAGGGUACAGUAUUGGUGAUCUGGCAAGACAGUGAUGUUAAGAAAGUUCAUAGUUUAAGAAUAUCUAAAAUAUUUCAAAAACCGUAAAGCUGCAACACAUGAUUUUUACACCUAGUUACUAGAAAACUAAGGAAAGCGCUUAUUAGCUCUGAAUAAAGUAACAAGGAAGCAGAAAUGCACUUUCACUAAUCUACCAAAAAAAAAAAUUUCUAAUGCAUUAU